UCUUGACGUUUCGAACAAGCAUGGAGGGCGUCCUGUGGAAGCGCGGGCGCAUGCUCGUGAGCUCGUGGCACGAGCGCUACUUCGUGCUGAAGGACUGCACGCUCGCCUACUUCUCCAAGGCCGGCGACCUCCAGACGCGGGGCAUCCUCGAGCUCGGGCCCGACGCCAGCGUCUCGUCCAUCGAGCUGCGCAAGAAGGGCGGGUCCAAGUCGCUCUACUGCUUUACGAUCGCGCCGCAUGGCGGACACCACACGCCCUCCUCGACCGUCGUGCACCAUCAUGGCGUCGGCCACGAGAGCGGUCUCAUGGUCGGCUGCGAGUCGCGCGAGCUCGCCAACGUGUGGCGCAAUGCGAUCAUCCAAGCGAUCCAGCUGCCGGGUGAGACGCUUGGCGGCGUGCGCUCGCCCAAGGAGCGCGCUUCGUCCGCGUCGAUCGCUGCGCUGCCGCAGCACGACAAGGGUCGCCAGAUCCUCCUCGAGAAGAUGGACCGCAAAUGGCCCAUGUUUAGCGGCACGUACAACGUGCUCAGCGUCCUCGGCGGCAUGCAGAUUUACUACGAGCAGUUCAACUCGGCCAAGCACACGCAUGGCUUUGCGGGCCAAGAGUGCCAGAGCUGGCAGCAGCUCAACAGCAUGCUCGUCUCGACGCUCAGCGCCAGCGUCAUUGCCGCGAUCGCCGGCGGCAUUGGGGGCACGUCGAUGCUAACGGUGUUUGUAUUUUCGCUUCUCGCGGCCGCAUUUACCUUUUGGACCAAGUCGGGGCACGCGCUGCACAGCGCCGACGUGCCCAGCUUCAAGGCCACGCGCGUGAUUCCUGGCACUCCAACCGAGGUCUUCAACCUGCUCAUGGACACGGACGCCCGCGUCAUGUGGGACGCGUCGGUGCAGAGCGUCCGCGUGCUGCAGACGAUCGACUCGCACUCGGACAUCCUCCACGUCGUCUACAAGCCCGUGUGGAUCUGGCCCAUGUGGUUGCCGGGCUGCGACGUGUGCUUGCUGCGGUACUGGCGCGAGACGGAAGAUGGCUCGUAUGUGAUUUGCAUGCAAAGCGCUGUGCACUCCGAGUGCCAAGUCUCGGACAGCACGCGCGCCCUCUGCCACGGCGGUGGCUUUACGGUCGCGCCGCCAACCAACGCCAAUACGCUGGAAGAGCCCACGUCGCUCGUGACCUUUGUCAUCCACAUGAAUCCCCAAGGUCUCUUUGGCGUCUUUCUGCGUCGACUCGACCUCCUCUUCCACUACAUCAAGCCGCAGAUCUUUGCGCUUGUCGGGCUCGAAGAAGCCAUGGAAGCCCGCCAGUACAACAUGCUCACGCUCGCCGAUGUGCUCCACGGCGACGACGACGUGCGACCUGGUGAGCCGACAUCCGAGGGACCCGCCGCACCGGCGCCAGCGCCUGUUGCCCGCGCACCGCUUUUGCCAUGCACGCUGCCCAGCGAAAUGUGGAGCGAGCCGCCGCCGGGACUGUUUAUGGUGCGCGGUCCCGACUACCACAACGACAAGCGCAAGGUCGCGUCGGCGCCGCCCGCCUUUCAGCUCGUGGCCUGCGACCUCUUUGACACGGGGGCUGUUUCGAUCGAGAACAUUUGCGCGCGGCCCGACAACCUCGUCCAAACGCAGUCGAUUGACGGGUUUGUGUUUGCAAUCAACCUGCUCUUGCCGGGGUCGCCGCGCUACUCGCUCGUCCUCUACUACCAAGUGGUGGACCAAAGCGUGCUCGCGGACGGCUCGCCGUUUGCCGAGCUCAUGAACGAUUUUCUUGACGGGACGGACGAAUACCGCAACGAGCGCUUCAAGCUCAUUCCGUGCAUCGUCGAAGGCAACUUUAUGGUCCGACAAGCGGUCGGGUCGACGCCGGCCAUCAUUGGCACCAAGUUGCGACAGCCGUACUUCAAAACGGACAAGUACUUUGAGCUCGACGUCGACAUUACGAGCAGCGCGGUCGCCAACCGCGUCACGGGCCUCGUGCUCGGCUACACGAAGAAGCUCGUGAUUGACAUGGGCUUCCUCAUCGAGGGGCGGCAGAGCCAGGAGCUGCCCGAGCGCCUCUUUGGCGCGUGUCGCAUGUCGUACGUCGAUAUGACCGUGGCCACGAAAAUGGCCCGAUGAGCCAACGGUCCCGCAAGACGUCUUGCAAGAGAGUAGUAAAUGACACGGUGCUUGAUAGACAAUGACUUGCUAUUUCAAUGGCGCCACUCGAACGAGCCAUGAG